GAGGCAGGCCCGCCGGUGAGCGAUGAUGACUUGUCGGCUGUGGAAGGUUCGAACAUGCUGCGUUCACUCGCGCGAUCGAAGGCGGUACUGAUCUAUGGAUGUUAGCACCGCGCAGGGUUGGAAAGGUAGUGACAGCAAUGCCCGCCAAAACAACGACAACGAAGCGGAAAGCUGCGCCGAAGCAGUCGCGUCAAGCGCUCAAGGACCGAACGAACAUCCAGAGCGAUGCCGAGGAUGGCAUUGACGAGGCGGAUGAUGGAGCCAAACGUAACGCGAAGCGCGCAAGAACUACAGCGGCGCGGAAACCGAAGGCGACGAAAACUCUAGGCGUGAUACCUGAAACGCAACCCGAUCCGGAAGACGUCGAGCAGUCAAUUGAAGUGUCAAUGGACGGCAUGGACAUCGCCAAAACACCACCGCGCAUCCAGCCUUUCAUCCAGCGACCAAGAUCAAUAUCCGUCCAGCCCCCGCAACUGCAACCGCGAGCGAGUGCACGUUCCGUCUCCGCUCAACCCGCCUACCCGCCACCUCGAGAACGCAGUGGGAGCGUGAGCGGGACGGACCGUGAGAGGCGAGGCGGCGAUCCAGUGCUGCGGCGGCAGCUCAACGACAUGACGAAGAAUUACGAGAAUCUCAACUUGAAAUACCAGAAUCUGCAAGAAAUCGGGAAAAACGACGCUGAGUCGAACUUUGAGAAGCUGAAGCGCGCGUCGGAUGAGAAGGCAAAUGACGCGAACGCGCUCAUUGCAGCGCUGAAGAGGGAGAUUGCCGAGUUGAGGAAGGCUUCAGCCACCAUCAAUCCUGCGGAAACGGACGCGCUACGGAAACAAGUCUCGACCCUGACGUCGGCGAACGAGAAGCUUGCCACCGAGUCUGCUUCGCUGAAGGAAAGGCUGCAAACCUCACAAAACGAAGUCAAGUCGCUAGAAGCGAAGCUCAUCGCAGCACGGCAACAAGUCUCAAACAGCGGUAACUCGCAAGAGACUGCCAAAACGCCGGCUGCUCCAGCCGCAACCACCCGUAAUGCUGCCAUUACUAUUACGUCUACCACAGACGCGCAGAAAGAAGCCAAGAUGAAAGAAAACCUGUACUCCGACCUCACCGGUCUCAUCAUCCGCGGCGUGAAGCGGAAAGAAGGCGAAGAUGAGUUCGAUUGCAUCCAGACUGGUCGGAAUGGCACACUCCACUUCCACCUCUCCAUCGCGAAUUCCGCCUGUUCUUCCUCUAACCCAAACCCGAAGACACCUACAGGUCUAUCCUACGAAGAAGCGGAGUUCGCGUACGAACCUUUCCUCGACGCGGACCGAGAUCGGGAUCUGAUCGGCUUGUUGCCGGAUUACUUGGCGGAGGAGAUUUGCUUCCCACGCGAGCAUGCGGUCAAGUUUUAUGGACGGUUGUGCGAGAGUAUGACUAGGAGGGUCGUCGUGGAGGAGGAGUGAGUAGUAAGCAAAGUAGGUGUGGACUUGGUACUUGCGGAGGGUUCACGCGAUGUGAGCAUCGGUGGCGGACAGUGAUACGCAUGACUUGAACGAGAUGGACGAAUGUCUGCGUUGGUUCGAUUCGCAGGUGUGUCCUUUGGCGUAAUGACUCCGUGGGCGGGUG